AUGGACGGCAACAAAGACGAGGCUCUUAGAUGCAUCUCCAUCGCAGAAGAGGCAAUCGCCGCAGGAAACAAGCUACGCGCCUUGAGAUUCAUCAGAUUCGCGCAGCGGCUCAAUCGCGACUCCUCCGUCGACGAUCUCCUCGCCGCUUGCGAGAAACUAGCAUCCGCCGACGAAUCAAAGAGUCGUGGUAGCGGCAGUAGCAAUAACCCUAGUAGGGCAGGUAAUUGGAACGAGGAAGGUUCGGUUGGUGGGGAUCGGAGCUACAGCGAUGAGAAUCUGCAAUUGAUUAGGCAGAUCAACAGGACGAAAGACUACUACGCGAUUCUCAGCGUGGGGAAGUCCUGUUCUGCUGACGAGAUUAGGAAGUCAUACAGAAAAUUGUCUCUGAGGGUUCAUCCAGACAAGAACAAAGCGCCGGGGGCCGAAGAAGCGUUCAAGAAAGUCUGUGCAGCGUUCAAGUGCUUGAGCGAUGGAGAAUCUCGGAGGCAGUACGAUCAUGUGGGUUUGGUACGAGGGUUCGGUUGCAGCAGCAGCCAGCAACGGCAGAACGCGAGGCCACGAAGGGCUACGAGGAGGAAUGAAGGUUAUGGAGGUUACAAUGGCUAUUACGAUGAUGACGAGAUGUUUGGUCAGUAUUUCAAUAGGAAUGAAGGGUAUAGAGCUUAUAAUCCCUACAUGAGCAGAAGAGAAAGGGCAACUGAACAUAAUGCCGAGUUUGAGGAUCAUGAAAAGGGGACAAGCUGUUGGUUUAUUCUGCUGCAGAUUCUGCCAUUUUUGGUGAUCUUCUUGUUAGCUUAUGUGCCAUUUACAGAGCGGGUUUACUCGUUGCGGCCAACUGACUCGUAUCGGGUUUUGAGGAAGACUGAGAAGCACGGGGUUGAGUUCUAUGUUAGAUCUCCGGGGUUCGAUCAGAGCUUCCCUGUUGGGAGCACUGAUAGGAGUAAUGUUGAGGGUAGUGUGGUCAAGGAAUAUAAGCUCUUGCUUUGGCGGUAUUGUCAUAUGGAGAUGCAGAGGCGGCAUUGGAAUAAGGUUUUGCCUACUCCUAAUUGCAAUAAGCUGCACAAUCUUGGAUUAGCAUGA